AUGACAACUUUGUCCCCAAUUCUCAAUGCAGACCCUGCUGUCUGCAGCUCUGAGAAUGCUGCUAGGAAGAUGAUAAUGGGAAGUCCCAAACCUUCUGGACCUUUCAAGGUUCACACGUCUUUCUCUGCUCACACUGGAGCAAGGAGGGAAGUAGGCAAAGGUUCCUGGCCAGAAGUCUCCUUGGAGAACCCUGGAGGCAGCAGCAAGCUGAAGAAUCUUUCUUUCCACCUUGAAUCAUUUAUUACCAUUCAUGACUCUUGGACUGCUGAGAAAAAGAGAAGAAUUGGAAGCGAUGUGACAGAACUAUUACAGUGCCUAGAACAGGCUGUGUUGGAGGAUGCUCUCAGGUCUCCUAAGGUCCAGGUGGCGCAAAACAAUUCUGUUCUGGCUUUUGAAACACGUGUAAUCAGCAACUGCUCCCAGGAAAAUGGAAACACUAGACUGGAAGCUCAGAAUAAUUCAGUGAAAAUUUCCUGCAUGGACAUCAUCUGCUCAAAUACUCAAGGUCCAAGUGCAGUUGCUUUUCUCUCCUAUGUUUCCCUUGGGACCAUUAUAAAUGCAUCCUUUUUUGAGGAGAACCAUGGGAAGAAGAGUUAUGGAAUCUACCUGAACUCCCAAGUAGUCAGCACUGCUAUAGGACCUCAGCAAUCUGAAUCCUCCUCAUUUUCUGUUCUUUUGAGUUUCCAGCACAUUCAGAAAAAGAACACAGAAGAAAGGUCUCUCUGUGUCUACUGGAAAGCACUGGGAGAGGAGGGAGGUGUCUGGUCCAAAGAUCAUUGCAACCUCAACAAGUCCAAUGAAACACACACUAGCUGCAGCUGCACCCACUUGUCUACCUUUGCUGUCCUGAUGGCUCCCAAAUCACAGGAAGAAGACUGUGUGCUGACAGUGCUGACGUUCGUGGGGCUGAGCCUCUCCCUGCUGUGUCUCUUUCUGGCUGCCCUCACCUUCCUCCUGUGCCGCACCAUUCAGAACACCAGCACCUCCCUCCACCUGCAGCUUUCGCUCUGCCUCUUCCUGGCUGAUCUCCUCUUCCUCAUAGGAAUUAAACAAGCCAAAAAUCAGGUCCUAUGUUCCAUUAUUGCAGGUUUAUUACAUUAUUUCUACCUGGCCUCUUUCACCUGGAUGCUGCUGGAAGGCCUGCAUCUCUUUCUAACUGCACGCAACCUGAUGGUUGUCAAUUACUCCAGAGUAAGCCAAUCAAUGAAGAAGGUCAUGUAUCCUCUGGGCUAUGGGAUUCCAGCUGUGAUUGUGGCUAUUUCUGCAGCAUCAAGAGCAGAUCUUUAUGGAACGUCUUCCCACUGCUGGCUCCAGCUGAAUAAGGGAUUUCUCUGGGCUUUCCUUGGACCAGUCUGUACUAUAGUCUGUGUAAACUUUGUUUUUAUUCUUCUGGUCCUUUGGAUUUUGCAAAGCAAACUUUCGUCCCUCAAUAGUGAGGUGUCUACUCUCCAGGACACAAGGUUGCUGACAUUUAAAGCCCUGGCUCAGUUGUGUAUCCUGGGCUGCACCUGGUGUCUGGGCAUUCUGCAGAUUGGCCCAGCUGCUUGGAUCAUGGCUUAUCUCUUUACUAUCAUCAACAGCCUGCAAGGAGUCUUCAUCUUCCUGGUGUACUGUCUCCUUAAUCAUCAGGUUCAGGAACAGUACAAAAAAUGGUUCAUGACAAUCAGGCAAACAAAAUCCAGAUCUGAGUCACUUGUGCUCUCAAGCAACGUUGUCUCUGGCUCCACCCAGACCCAGACAGAGAAUCAAAAUGAAAAACUUCUCAGUCCCAAUGGGCAGGAAAACCCUGCUCAUUGAUAUAGAACUCCUGUCCUGCCAUCAGCCUGGCCUCACAAAGAAGUGAGGUAAAGAAGAGUAAAGAAUAUACUGGGCAGUUGAGGGAGGAAACAACACUUCUGUGCCCUUCCUCAAAUUGAAGGUUCUAGGGAGAACUCACCAAUGUGGGAAGGGGCAGAGAGAGGAAGCAGCCAAUGCAUGGUAGCAAAGUCAAAAUGAUCAUGCUCGUACCUUGCCAAACCGCAACCCUGACUCAACACUGUGGUCCUUCUAGAUGAUCUCUCUUCUCUGGGUUUUUAUGACUCUGCUCUUUCUUAAUUCUCCUACCUAUGCAACUAUGUCUUCUCAGUCUCAUAGGUUGACUCUUCAUGUCACAGGAACUAAGUGGAGGUGUAAAGAAGGGUAUGCUGGUAAAUGUUUAACAAUCAGAUUAGAGUGUGGGGGGGGAGGUGUUGAAAAUGUCGGCUGAGAACAUUUUUAAGUUGCAUCUGCACUGUUAACAUUUUCUCAAGUUCAGACAAUCAACAAAACAAUAAAUCAAGCCCUGUUUGGUAGCAUUUGCCAACUUCUGAGGGGUAAAUGCUCACAUUGUAAAAUAAUUAAGGAUAUUUUAUACCCAACCCUUGCAUCAUGCCUAGCACUACUGGAAGAAGUCACACAAACGUGCCAGUCCAACCUGGUUCUCCUACAAAUUUCAGUUAUCUAAUCUCAAUUGGGCCCCAGUUGUUCUUUGCCAAAUCUUUCAUUUUUUAAUGAUUGACUCAAUGUUGUGCUCCACCUUAGGGGCUGUUCCAAACCUUCUCUCCUUGCCGCAAUCCUUCUACUUCAUCUAUUUCAUUCUUCUUCUCAGUAGAGAACUUUGUUUCAUGGUUUGUUGUUGUCUUCCCCCCGGGAAAAUAAAGUGAAUU